UGAAGUGGUGUGUGUCCCGCCUUCGUCUUCCUGCAGACGACGAUCCAGUGGCUCGCCAUAGCUUCACGCGCCCGUCAUUCGUGUACGAGGGUCCACUCCAACGUCCGCUGGGACAGUGUGUGACGAGGGUCCAGUCGUCCGUCUGUUGUGGUUGUUGAACAAGGCGCCGUCGGGGCAUCGUGAUGGAACACGGUUCGCAGGAGGUUCGUGGCAAGACCUUGAGCAGGGUGGAGAGAAAUGCGGUGGUUGCAGCAGUGUCGGCGGUGGCCAUGCGAUGUCGCAUCGAGAGAACGACGGCGCGGUUGAGGACGAGAGUGUCUAUCCGCAGGCAGCGUGAGCUCCUCCACCACGUGAUGGCGGCGCCAGACUGCGUGUCCAUGUCCAAAUCCAUUACCCAGUUCUGCGCCGCCAUGUCAUUCGGGGCGAUACCGCGGGCGACUCCAAGGUGGUGGAUGCGGAGAAGGACGGGUGGCACGUGGGAGGAUCUGCGAAAGAUGGACGACGCCACAGACGACUACUACAAGGAAAAGUUGAGGAUGACCCCCAGGGUGUUCAUGGAGAUCGUGGAGGCGUUGUCUCCUCUCCUGCAGCGGCGGGUGACAUUCUACAGGGUUCCUUUGCAGUCGGAUCACAUCAUCGCAUAUGCUGACAAGAUCGUAUGGCCUACUGGGAUGCGUCGUACGCUCGUUCUGCGUGCCUUCGAGGCGAAGGGCUUUCCCUACUGCUAUGGCUGCAUAGACUGCACGCAUGUUUACGUCGACAAACCGGCGAACGCUCCUUCGGAGAACUACUACGACCGGAAGCAUCGUUUCUCUGUUGUAGCGCAGGUGGCGGUGGACCUGGACUUGCGCAUCACGGACGUUUUCGUCGGUUACCCAGGGAGCUGCCAUGACAUUCGGGUGCUUCAGCUCUCCAAUCUGUGGGCGGGUGCGGAGGAGGGGGAUCUUUUUUGUGGAGCUCCUGUUGUGCUGCCGUUCGGAGUGACGACACACGGUUACAUUCUGGGCGACAACGGGUAUCCGCCGCUGGAGUGGAUUGUUGUGCCGUACGGGGGGACCGAUCAAAUCCCCGACGAGGAGAGGUUCGACAACAAGCAAAAGGUCGCCAGGGGAGCAGUGGAGAGAGCUUUCGGGAGAUUGAAAGGGAUGUGGAGGCUGUUCCUCCGCACACACAAGACGAAUAUGGACACUCUCCCACAACAGUUCCGGGCCGUGUGCAUUCUGCACAACAUCCUCCUUGACACUGGCAUGGAGUUCGACGACAACUUGCUGUGGGAGGUCGAUGCUAAUGGCAUGCGGCGGCGAGUGGACUUGGGGUUGGAUCAUCCACCCCACCCCAUUGCUGAGAACUUCAAUCGGCCCCGUGCGUUGGCGCUACGCGAGGUGUUGGCGGAGCAAAUGAAACAUGCAUGAAGGCGCGCACCGCGUCGACGGCACGUGGCUCUGCCGUCCUUGUGGAGGUCGUUCAGUGCGGGUUGUCAUUGAUCGCUAGUGUCGCGGAGCCGUCAUC